CACACACAUCUCUAAAAUAAAAAAGUCAAAAAAUGUAUCGCAGGUGCAAUCAAACACACAUGCACACACGGUCACUAUUUGCUGCUACUAUUUAUCCUGCUGCUCAGUUGCUUUUAACCCUGGUUACAACUAUCACCAGUAUCCCUGCACUGAUAUUGGCACUGGUAUGGAACUGUAUGUAGUGACUUUUCUCCUGUGUAUUUCUCUAUUCAAGUGUGUAUUUUCAUCUGACUUAGUCAUUGUUGAAGAAGAGCUUGCAAGUAAGCAUUUCACUACCGUUUACACAUGCUAUAUCCAGUGCACGUGACAGGAUAAAGGUAAUUUCAAUUGAUGAUAGGUUUGUUAAUAUUUUUUUUUAAACAAUAGAUAACAUUGAUACACAACCUUAUAGGGUUAGGGUCCCCACACCGCCAUAUUUCCAUGUCACAGCUCCUGUUAACGGAAAACAGAUGGAAGACCGAGUGAACUACCUGGUCUGCGUCUCUGAACACCUGUGUGUAAAUGGAAGAGAAACCACAAAUGUGUUGUCACUGAUAAAUACUGUCGGCUGCAACUAUUAAAACAGGUAUAGUAAGUGUGUAUUUUGUAUUCGUGAAAUUGACGUGAUUUGAAAGGAGUGGUAUAUGUUUAUAGAACCCUACCGCAAUUGAGAAUUGAUUCCUGUUUACAUGGAGUAAUGUCAUUUGUUUUGGCUUCCAGAGCCAAUUCGCCCUUGUAAAUCAGAACAUGUAAGGUCCAACGGUGUAAAGUUAGUCUCCUUUGGUCCAAUACUGGGCUAGUUUAGGCCAUAUUUUUCCCAGCUGCCACAUCCAUAAAUCAAGUGUCAGGGGUUAAAUUUUUCUGAUAAAACAGCUAAUCCCAGAUUGUUGUAGCUUUACACUGAAAUAUGAACUCAUGGUUAAGCAAACCCAGCUAGCUAAAAACAAACCACCUCUCAACUCAUGAACAAACGUGGCCGACGCGAUUCAUGUAACAAUCAUUUUAGCUAUAAUUUUAUAAAAUAUGGUGAAUUUUGUUAGUCAACGUUACCGUAGCAAUUUUCGGAUGUUCCUAGACCCAGAACUCCUGUCAACUUUUCGCAGUAGUUUUCAAAAUUUCGUCUCACGGAAACAAGGACUGUGAGUGCACACCGGAAAUUGAGUUUUUUUUAUGUAAAGUUAAAGUUACUAGUCCUUUAAGAAAUAAACUCAUGCAAUACAAAUUAUAAUGCACAGUAUUUAUCAAAUUCGAUGUUUAUUCCUUAUGUCUCGUCUAAUACCAGAUAUGAAAAUAAAAAGGGAAUGAGACACGUUUUUCACAAUGCAAAGUUUUUAGUCUCUUUGUCUGUGCUCAUGAAUUUGCGCCACCCUGUGGCGAUAUAAGACAUGUACCUGUAGGCAAAGCCUAUAUCAACGUUAUACAUAUAUAUAUUUGUACAUUUUAGUCGAGUUUAUAUCUGCAUGAAGAUGCAGAAUGUUAAGAAAGCAUAGUUUAGUACCAGUUUAGUCCCUGGAGGUUGUCUAGAAAAGGGGUCUGUUCACGGUUCUUCAUUUUCAUUAGAUAUCCCAUUGGUCUCACUGGGGCAUCUGGUAGCCUUUUUCUCAGUUGACAAAAAUAAGAGCAAAACUGCUCCUUUGGGGUCCGCAGCCAUUCAGUGUAUUUGAACUAUUCCAGACAGAACAGCUGAACAGUCAACUAAUAAUCAAGCCCUUAAUAAGUGAAUCAAGUUGUGAAAUAUCUGGGUGUCCCAGAGGAGAGGUUCGAGAACCACUGUAGUAGGGGAUGUUCACUUAUCUUAGGGUAAUGGUUAAAAUCCAAAAUUACUUUUAAUAAUAAACAAUAUAAUAAUAAUAGUACAUAUCGUGAUGUUUUACUUCACAGUUAGAAACCCAUUGUUGUUACAGUGCCCAAUCACCCCACCAGAGAAUCACUGAAUGGGAAAAUGAUGUCAUUAUGUAAAUGACCCUGGUGGUCGAACAGUGCAUUUGCGUGCGAACACUGUCCUCAGAGGUAGAUGGAAUGGCUAAUAUUUAACCAAUAAAAGUAAUGACCUGUGGACAAUCUAAUGUCCACACUAUCAUCCUGUAAACAACUUUAUGCAACAUGCCUUAAAAUGCUGAUUUCACAUUAUACCAACACAAUCAAACAAUGUCAACCCAUACACUUAGCUUUUGAAUGAUUUAUGGUGGUACAUUUACAUAUAAAGAAGACAGCUCUCUCUCUCUCUCUCUCUCUCUCUCUCUCUCUCUCUCUCUCUCUCUCUAUUAAAAGGGAGAGACUGAUGUCCAUGGUGCAGCAUUGUAGUUGUGGCCAAGGGAGCAGCUGUCCCAGUCGUGCCAGACAGACUGAACCCCAGAUGGACCUCAUCCACAGCAGUGGGGUGCUGGUGAUCCAGCACCUCCAGAGCAACUACAAGGACUACCAUGACUUCCUUGACUUCAUGUCCUCUGUGGGCGACCCGCGUAACAUCUUUUCUCUCUAUUUCCCUCUGUGGUUUCAGCUUAGCCAAAUUGUCGGCACCAAGAUGAUAUGGGUGGCAGUUAUCGGAGACUGGUUCAACCUAAUUUUCAAAUGGAUUCUGUUUGGUCAACGGCCAUACUGGUGGGUGCAUGAAACUCUCUUUUACCAGAAUAAUUCACUCCCCCAGCUGGAGCAGUUCCACAUUACCUGUGAAACAGGACCAGGCAGUCCAUCCGGUCAUGCCAUGGGCUCUUCGUGUGUCUGGUAUGUAAUGAUCACAUCAGCACUCAACUUUAGCAGACGCCUUUGUGACAGCUCAACUCAGGGUUGCCAGAGGUUUGGGCUUGUGUGGUCCUUUUUGUGGAUGGCAUUUUGGAUCAUUCAGAUUAGUGUUGGCAUCUCCAGGAUCUUCAUCGCCACACACUUCCCUCACCAGGUUAUCCUUGGUGUUCUAGCUGGUAUACUAGUUGCUGAAGCAUUUGAGCAUGUUCCCUCGAUCCACACAGCCAGUUUAAAAGUCUACCUUCACACUAGCUUAUUUCUGUUCUCCUUUGCCGUCAGCCUUUACUUGCUCCUUAAAAUGAUAGACAUUGACCUAUUGUGGUCGAUACCUAAAGCAAAGAAGUGGUGUGCCAAUCCAGACUGGAUCCACCUGGACACUACACCUUUUGCUGGUUUAGUGAGGAACCUGGGAGCAUUGUUUGGACUUGGCCUGGCCAUUAACUCUCAGAUGUUCAUCCAGAGCUGCAAGGUGAAGAACGGCUACAAGACUAGGUUUAAACUCGUGUGUGUAGCAGCCAAUCUGACCUCUCUGCAGCUGUACGAUUUCAUCAAAAUUCCCACUCACACAGAGAUCCUGUUCUACACACUCUCAUUCUGUAAGAGUGCUGCAGUCCCUCUUAGUGUGGUGGCACUCAUCCCCUACGGUGUUCACUUGUUGAUAGGAGACAAGGAGAGGAAAUUAGACUAAAUGUUUGUACAUCGUCACUUGACACAAUGACGAAUUGCAUUAUAAUGAACAUAGAUUGCCUGACUCCUAUGGCAAUUUGUUUAUGGUUGUAAUGUAGAUAUCUUUUGCUAAGCUAUUUACCUUGUUGGAAAAUGUGGAUUAUAGUUUUUGCAAUGUUAAAUUGUAUGUUACAUGUACAGUGUGAAAUGAGUGAGCUGGUGUUUUUUUUAAGACAAAAAAAAUUAAAGUAAAUUGUAAACAAA